CUCAGAGCUUCAACUUUUUUUUUUUCCUAUAAAGGAAAAAUUGAUUUUCCUUGUCUUCGUUUUUGUUUUAUAAGCAAGAAGAGGAUUUAAUGAGAGAAUUUUUUCCUAUCAUCCCUUCAAAUUAGAGUUGUCUUCCCUUCUUCUCUCUUUCUCUUUUCCUGACAGAGUACAUACUGGAUUUUUAUUGCCUGCUUUGGGCUAUUUCACCACGUGCGUCAGCCAUUAUGUGUAGCCGGUUAAUUCUUAAUUUUUCCACUGGAAUUAUCGCCAGUGAUGGAAAUGGUGUGUGCUUCUCUUUCGGUCAAGAUCUGCCUAAAGUAUAGCAUCUGGAAGCAUUUAUUGUUCAUAUUGUGAAUUGUAAAUUGUAAAUUCAUCAUCCCAGUACUCUGAAGUUGCCAGGAAGUUCUUAGUCCGUUCAAGGAGUUGGGAUUCUGCUUGGUUUUCUUUAAUUCAGUUUUUGACCCUUUGAGGGUUUUCUACAUAGAGGAGUCUGGAAGUCAUAAAUCCCCUCCAGCUCACGGUAAGAAACUUGGAGCUCUGGACUUGCGGGAGCGCAGUGGUCCCCCAGGUUGACAGUGGGUACAUCUCCUGCAUCUUACUUCCUCUCUUCUGCAUUUGGACAAAAUGUAUGAACGGCACAAGAGGCGCUACAGCCUAUGUGACAUCUCCAAGGUGGACAGGACUGUGGACGUGGUGUUGCUGAAGAUAAACCGAGAAAGCUGGUGUACCAUUGAGCCAUGCCCAGGUGCAGCAUCUCUUUUGGCUCCCACGCAGAGCCCAGAAUGUGAUAACUUCCUGGAUGUUGGAUUGGGCAGAGAGUGUGCCUCAAAACAAGGUGUCCUUAAAAGAGAAUCUGGGAGUGAUUCUGACCUCUUUCACUCACACAGUGAAGAAGUGGACAGCAUUAUCUUCUCCAAGCCUGAGGAAGAACAGUUGGCCUGUGAUAUCACUGGAUCCAGUUCCUCCACCGAUGACACAGCGUCCUUGGAUCGACAUUCUUCUCAUGGCAGUGAUGUGUCCCUCUCCCAGAUUUCAAAUUUGAACAGGUCCAGAGACCAGCAAUGUCUUGAUGGUUUCUACAACCAUGGGGUGGGAGCUGAGGGUCGAGAGAGUGAGAGUGAGCCUGCCGGCUCAGGUGAGAUGGAAGAGGAGGAGAUGGACAGCAUCACCGAAGUGCCUGCGAACUGCUCUGUCCUGAGGAGCUCUAUGCGCUCUCUGUCCCCUUUCCGGAGGCACAGCUGGGGUCCUGGGAAGAACGCAGCCAGUGACGCAGAAAUGAACCACCGGAGUUCAAUGCGAGUUCUUGGGGAUGUUGUCAGGAGACCUCCCAUUCAUAGGAGAAGUAUGAGCUGGUGUCCCUCUGGUGUGCAAUACUCUGCUGCCCUGAGUGCUGACUUUAAUUACAGAAGUUUCAGUCUAGAAGGCUUGACAGGAGGAGCUGGUGUUGGAAACAAGCCAUCCUCAUCUCUGGAAGUAAACUCUUCAAACACCAAAGAGCUCGGACACCCUUUUAGUGGCGAGGAAAGGGGUGACUCGUUGGUGUCACUUUCAGAAGAGGAUCUGGAAUCAGGCCAGAGAGAACAUAGGAUGUUUGAUCAGCAGACAUGUCACAGAUCAAAACAACAAGGAUUUAAUUACUGUACAUCAGCCAUUUCUUCUCCAUUGACAAAAUCCAUCUCAUUAAUGACAAUCAACCAUCCUGGGUUGGACACCCAGCAGCAGAUGCAGCCAACAAGGCGGAUCUCCUUCUCCGUCAGCAUCUCUCCGCUCCUCCUUAAGUCUAAAACUCUCUUUUCUCUUGGCUCUUCUUAUUCCAGUGGUGAGGAGGAGGAGUUGCAUAAUUCACGGCCCUUCCACAACACCAAUGCUAAUCUGACUGAGAGUAUAACAGAAGAGAACUUUAAUUUCCUGCCACAAAGCCCCUCCAAGAAAGAUUUUGAAGGGAAGAGUGGAACAAAAGUCAGUCGUACGUUCAGCUACAUCAGGAAUAAAAUGUCCAGCAGUAAGAAGAGCAGGGAAAAGGAAAAGGAGAAAGAUAAGAUUAAGGAGAAGGAGAAAGAUUCCAAAGAGAAGGAGAAGGACAAGAAGACUCUGAACGGGCACACUUUCAGUUCCAUCCCUAUUGUGGGUCCCAUCAGCUGUAGCCAGUGCACGAAGCCUUUCACCAACAAAGACGCCUAUACUUGUGCAAAUUGUAGUGCUUUUGUCCACAAAGGCUGUAGAGAAAGUCUGGCCUCCUGUGCAAAGGUCAAAAUGAAGCAGCCCAAAGGGAACCUUCAAGCACAUGACACAUCUUCGCUGCCCACAGUCAUUAUGAGAAACAAGUCCUCCCAGCCCAAGGAGCGCCCUAGGUCCGCAGUCCUCCUGGCCGAUGAAACCACUACCGCCCCCAUGUUUGCUAACAGACGGUCCCAGCAGAGUGUGUCGCUCUCCAAAAGUGUCUCCAUUCAGAACAUUGCUGGAGUUGGCAAUGAUGAGAACAUAUCAAACACCUGGAAAUUCCUGUCUCAUUCAACAGACUCACUAAAUAAAAUCAGCAAGGUCAAUGAGUCAACAGAGUCCCUUACCGAUGAGGGAGUAGGUACAGACAUGAAUGAAGGGCAGCUAAUGGGAGACUUUGAGAUUGAGUCCAAACAGCUGGAAGCAGAGUCCUGGAGUCAGAUAGUGGACAGCAAGUUUCUGAAACAACAAAAGAAAGAUGUGGUCAAACGGCAAGAAGUGAUUUAUGAGCUGAUGCAGACGGAGUUCCACCACCUCCGCACACUCAAGAUCAUGAGCGACGUGUACAGCCGGGGCAUGACGGCCGACCUGCUCUUCGAGCAGCAGAUGGUGGAGAAGCUCUUCCCCUGUUUGGAUGAGCUGAUCAGUAUCCACAGCCAGUUCUUUCAGAGGAUCCUGGAGCGGAAGAAGGACUCUCUGGUGGAUAAAAGUGAAAAGAACUUUCUCAUCAAGAGGAUUGGGGAUGUGCUUGUGCACCAGUUUUCAGGAGAGAACGCAGAACGCUUAAAGAAGACAUACGGCAAGUUUUGUGGGCAGCACAACCAGUCUGUAAACUACUUCAAAGACCUCUAUACCAAGGAUAAGCGUUUUCAGGCCUUUGUGAAGAAGAAGAUGAGCAGUUCAGUCGUACGGAGGCUUGGAAUCCCAGAGUGUAUAUUGCUUGUUACCCAACGGAUCACCAAAUACCCGGUUCUGUUCCAAAGAAUAUUGCAAUGUACCAAAGACAGUGAAGUGGAGCAGGAAGAUCUAGCUCAGUCCCUGGGCCUGGUGAAGGAUGUGAUUGGAGCUGUGGACAGCAAAGUGGCAAGUUAUGAAAAGAAGGUCCGUCUCAAUGAGAUUUAUACAAAGACAGACAGCAAGUCGAUCAUGAGAAUGAAGAGUGGUCAGAUGUUUGCCAAGGAGGAUCUGAAGCGGAAGAAGCUUGUGCGGGAUGGGAGCUUGUUUCUGAAGAGCACAACAGGGAGGUUGAAAGAGGUUCAAGCGGUCCUGCUUACUGACGUUUUAGUGUUCCUUCAAGAAAAAGACCAGAAAUACGUCUUUGCGUCAUUGGACCAGAAGUCAACGGUGAUCUCUCUAAAGAAGCUGAUUGUAAGAGAGGUAGCACACGAGGAGAAAGGUUUAUUCCUAAUCAGUAUGGGGAUGAAAGAUCCAGAGAUGGUGGAAGUCCACGCCAGCUCCAAAGAGGAGCGGAACAGCUGGAUUCAGAUCAUCCAGGACACGAUCAGCACCCUGAACAGAGAUGAAGAUGAAGGAAUUCCUAGUGAGAAUGAGGAAGAAAAGAAGUUGUUGGACACCAAAGCUCGGGAGUUAAAAGAACAACUUCAACAAAAGGACCAGCAGAUCCUACUCUUACUGGAAGAGAAGGAGAUGAUUUUCCGGGACAUGACUGAGUGCAGCACUCCCUUGCCAGAGGAUUGCUCCCCAACUCAAAGCUCUAGAAUCCUCUUCCGAUCCAACACAGAAGAGGCUCUCAAAGGAGGGCCUUUAAUGAAAAGUGCAAUAAAUGAGGUGGAGAUCCUUCAGAGUUUGGUGAGUGGAAGCCUGGGAGGCACACUUGGGCAGGCUGUCAGCAGCCCUGUUGAACAAGAAGGCAUGGUAGGCCCAGUUUCCUUGCCCCGGAGAGCAGAGACCUUUGGAGGCUUUGACAGCCAUCAGAUGAAUGCUUCAAAAGGAGGUGAGAAGGAAGAGGGAGAUGAUGGCCAAGAUCUUAGGAGAACAGAAUCGGACAGUGGUCUGAAAAAGGGUGGAAAUGCUAACCUGGUAUUUAUGCUUAAAAGAAACAGUGAGCAGGUCGUCCAGAGCGUCAUCCAUCUCCACGAGCUCCUCAGCACUUUGCAGGGGGUGGUGCUGCAGCAGGACAGCUACAUCGAGGACCAGAAGCUGCUGCUGACCGAGCGGGCGCUCACGCGGACGGCGUCGCGGCCCAGCUCCCUCCUCGAGCAGGAGAAGCAGCGCAGCCUGGAGAAGCAGCGCCAGGAUCUGGCCAACCUGCAGCGGCAGCAGGCGCAGCACCUGGAGGAGAAGCGGCGGCGCGAGCGCGAGUGGGAGGCCCGCGAGAGGGCGCUGCAGGAGCGCGAGGCGCGGCUGGCGCAGCGCGAGGACGAGCUGCGGCGCAGCCGCCAGGACCUGGAGCGCGAGCACGACGAGCUGCAGCAGAGGAAGGUCGCCUACCAGAGCGACCUGGAGCGCCUGCGCGCCGCCCAGAGGCAGCUCGAGCGCGAGCAGGAGCAGCUGAAGCGGGAGGCCGACCGGCUCAGCCAGAGGCCCGCCGACUGUGACGUCGGCCAGGUUUCAUAUCAACACACCAAGCUACUGAGGAUCCCAUCCUUCCUUCCGAAUCCUGAGGAGACCCUCUUGCCACCGGCACCUUCCAUAGCCAAAUCAGGAUCAUUGGACUCAGAACUCUUAGUGUCCCCAAAAAGGAACAGCAUCUCUCGGACACACAAAGAAAAGGGGCCUUUUCACAUACUGGGUUCCACCAACCAGACAAACAGAGUACCAGAGGGUCAGAGCCAGACCCCAGUGUCCACGUCUACCCGCCUGUUUGGGUUAGCUAAGCCAAAGGAAAAGAAGGAGAAAAAGAAGAAGAACAAAGGAAGCCGCUCGCAGCCCGGUGAUGGCCCUGCAUCUGAAGUACCCGCAGAGGGGGAGGAGAUCUUCUGCUGACCCCGUUCCUCUCCGAGGCAGCCACUCCUGUCCCGCCACGGUUACAGCCCCAACCCCUGCUGUCCUGUGCGCCCACUCUCCUACACUGAUGCCCGUGUCAUGCAGUGCCCAGCCCUCCUGCACUGCCCGGGUCCUGGACCAGAAGAACAACUGGUCUUGGGGGUCAGGAGGCCCAGGAUUGGCAACCCAACGCCUCUCGGGUUGGGGCCAGCCCUGCUGUGGAUGGUGGAUGUUACACUGAGAGUAGUGGCCCCAGAAGUCCAGGCGAUGGUUUUGGGCAUGUCAGGAAUUCUGACAUGAGGCUGAAAGAGUGUUUCCAAAUGCGGUCUGAAACUCUUACUGCCUUUUGUUUUGGGGAACAGAACCAAAAAUCAAACAGCAGAUAGUUUGGACUUCAUCUGAGCACAUACAGUAGCCCGUCUGCACAUACACGUGGAGUGCGCCAGAACUGUGCACGGUCUAUACCAGAUGCCUGCUGGGCUCGGCUCAAGCCCCGCACGAGGGGCGCUGCCCGCCACCGCUCAGGGAGCACUCACUCAGAGCCUCACCCACUAGCCCUCCCAGGCGGUCUCCCUGUAAACUCACCCCAUGCACGCCUCACCCCUUUUUGCGUGUAUUUCUCAUUUCACUUCAGAAGGGACGACAAACAUUUGUGAGAACCAGUGAGAGAAGGCUUGAUGUCUUUAAAAAGCAGAUGAUCUUGAAACACCUUGAUUUUGGUGUUUCAGUCACUUUAAAAAGAAAAAAUGUAUCUAAUUUUAUCAAAUCUAAAAGAAAUCAUAUAUUGGCUUUCCAAGAUGUUUGCCCACAUUUUCUGGCACAGACGAAGUAGAGAGACCUCCUCACCAUCACCCCUGCGGCAUGACACUUUUUGGUUGUCACUGGCCAUUCAGCAGUGGCCACGGCCUCCUGGCAGUAUUCCUGAGACCUCGAGGUGCCUCCCCAGGGAAGCUGCUCCUGCCUGGCAGUUGCCAUGGGAGAGGAUGGCCCCAUCCGCGCUCCACCCACGCAAGGACCGCCUGCUUCUCCUGCUGCCAGGGGGUGCCCACCCUGUACUAGACAGCUGGCCAAAAAGCAGGUUCAGGUGGGUGUGUUAGGCCCAUAUGAAGCGGUUCCCACCAGUACAGACCGAGAGAAGAGCUGGCCAGAAGGUAUGGCUUGGGAAGUUCUCCUAUCAGGAGGCCUGGCAAAAUUUGAUUUCUUUAAAAAGUUUUAAAAAUGAAAGGCCUGAUGGUUAUUGUACUCUACCCCUUGAAGAAUCCACAGAUGCUGCCUGUUUGUUCUUUUCCUUCUCUCUUUUUCUUGUCCCACUGUGUUUUGAUCUGUAUUCCUUGAGGCUUGUCACCAGCGGGGAGGUGCAGGAUGUUUCUCCCUGAGGCCCCUGCACCUGCCACACUUGUUAACCCCCCAGGAGGGGAAACCCUGGAAAAUCCUGUGCUUUAAAUGUGGUCAUUGAUUCCUGCCUUUUGCCCCUCAGGAGCAUGGGUCUUUGAACAUACUUUUUAAAAACAAACAAAAAAAAUCUGUAACUUGGUGCUUGUUGAUGAAUUGCAAGCUGGCCUUGCAGAUGGAGAUAUUUAUCUUUCAGUUUAUUUGAAAGAGGUCUGGUUUAAAAUUUUUAGCUUAGAUUUGUUUUAUUUAUUUGUGUGUUGUGUGCGUGUGUAUGUGUGUGUGUUUUAAGGGUGAACUCACCAGCCCAACGGUUUCAACUGUCCAGUCCAGCAGCCGGUGCUGCUUCCUUACUCCCCCGUGUCUGUCAAAGUGCCUCGAAGGCCCAAAGGAAAAUUAAGGGUUGGGGGAGGGGUCCAUUUCCUUCCCCCUCCCACCCUCACCUCAUACUUUGAUCAAGGGAUGUCUUCUUCCUUGCUUGACAGUUAAGAAACUUGCCACCCAUGGGCUACAUUUGCCUAGUUUUGUCGUGGAGAUUUCUUACCCUUCAGAAACACACCUUGAGCAGGACCAGCUGAUUUUCUAUUGAACCUUGAUGUACUACCCCCCCUCGCCCCCCCACAGAGACCCUAAACAGCAAAAGGUUAGGUUGCUUCCUGCCGCCAGUCUGCACAGCUCAGCUUGAGUACGGCCAGCCUGUCAUGCCUUUCUCAGAUCCACAGGGAGCUCAGCCGUCUGUCCCUGUCACUGGCUCAGGUUCACCUCUGUGGGUCCCCGUCCCACAGAGGGAAGCUCUGCUGGAAAGGGGUGGGGCUGGUGAAUGAGGACCUGCAUCCUCCUUCCUCUGUCCGUGUAGGCUGGGCCUCCCUGUCUCUGGGCUUGAAACCAGGGCUCAGUGCUGAUGGGGUUUGCCCUAACGCAGGCUCUUCACAAAAAGCACCCUGGACGCCGAGUUUCUGUAUAUAGGUGCACAGGUGGCUUUCAACUUUAAAGGGUCUUUUACUCCCAACUAGUUGUGAAGUUUCGGUUGCCUUGGUUAUUCGGUGGUAGUUUUUUUAAAAUGGUGAUUUCCCCUUCACCUGCACCCCACUGACUUAAAAUACUUUGGUCAGCCUGUGGUUGGACAAGUUUAGAAUCAGCAUCAGAAGGCAUCUCCCCCAAAACAGUGUGCGGUGCAGAGGGAGAACCACUUACCCGGACCCGUGCUUUUCCAUGCCUUCGUCCUCUCCCUCCCCCUUUGAUAAGGAGCUCGGGGACUUUGUUGUUGCGCUUUUGGGGGACCGCCUGGGAUCGUUGCUGCUCCUGCUUUCGCUGAUGGCCUUGCGGCCUCCUCUGACCUUGAGGCCUGUCCUGGUUACUGAGGUGUCCUUCAUGUGAGAAGGGGCUGUCUCCCGGGACAGCUCAGACUCAGUUCUCCACGGUGUCCCCACGCUAGGGGCCGUGCUUCUCUAGCUCCGGAAAUCAGAGACCUGGCCUUCCUUGUGUUUAGGUUUUGGGGGACAGAUGGAAGCACCAUCGAGUUCCAGAAUCUCGUGAGUUGCCUGGAAGGAGACUGCAUCUUCUCUCAAAACUUCCAUCAUCUCAGUGGUCGUCAUCCCAGUUGGGUGGCAUGUGCACUUUAAACGCUCUCUACAGUCGGCUUCACUUUUGAGACAAUCAAGUAUGCUAACUGUUUUCUUUGAAAAUGGAGAGGGUUAAAAAACAUGCAGAUUGCCAUAAUUCAACCUUUGCCAACAUUCCAUCCUCUACCCCCAUGAGAGCUGUCUGUGGGGAAGAAAUCCUUAUCAAGACUUCUUUUUUUUGGAAAGGUACGAAUCUUACCUUUUUUCCUCUCAUGUCUCAGGGUAAUACCACUAAAAAUUGUUCCUUUGCUGAUAUUCUCCCUUAUUUGUUAUCUUCCCAAGCCCCUAGUAUUAGCAUUAGUGAGCACACAUUUUUAAGAUCCUUGGGGUUUGUCGUACCUUUAUUUGGAGAGUGGGUGUUAGUGUGUAGGGUUUAUAAAUAGGCCCCGCCUUAAAUAAAAGGUAGCACCAUAACCUUAGGGGCCAGAACUCCAUCCCGAAGGUACCAUUCACAGAAGUACUUUAUGUUUCAUCCAUUGGUCACAAAGUUCUUUUUCCAUAGCCGGUUCUCUCUCCCCAAGGAUUUGGUAUCAGCCUUGGAGCUGCAGUUGUUGAUACAGCGUUGAUGGGGGGGCCAGUUGUGCCCAGAGGACAGCUAAGCCCAGGGACUGGGGUGGGAGCACGUUGAGAGAGACGGUCCUGGUGAGUGGGCUUCAGCAGCCAUGAAGAGGGUGGCUUGGAGGGGACCCCAGACACUGCCAACGGGUGUGGACACACUUGGAAUGUGGAAGCCCAGAAAGAACCCUUCCAAUUCCACGGCAGUGGUUGAGGGAUGUGUGCCUAGCCUUCCUGCAGCGGGACAGUGUGGCACACACACCUGUGGUCCUGGGGUCACGGCCCCACCUGGCGCUGUUGCUCCGUUUGACCCUCGGAGACAAGGAAAGGGGCAAAGAGAUUGUUUUGGUUCGGUUCUUCAUUUUCUUUCUUUCCAUGUAGCGUAACAUUCCUAGUUAACCGGAGCUUUGGGAUCUACUGCCUGCUGGCCAGGUUUUAAAGUGAAAAGUCUUUUAGUGCUGCCAUAAGAGGGAAAAAAACAAAGGCUUCUUUCCAUGUACCAAUCGGAUUUAAUUUGUCAAAAGCUCGACAGGCCUUGAGUGAGUUCUCCAUCUUGCUAAGGUUUAAAGACAGGCAGACCCAGCUGGCUGAAGUCUCUCCUGCCACGACGGUGGCAGCCUGCUCCAGACACCCAGGCUGAGCCCGGUCUCUGCUCACCCUGCUUGAAUGCCUCUGCCUUUUGUGACCACCUGCCAGGAUGGGCCGCUCCAGAGCACUGACAGGGGCCUGCCCGGUCGGCUGGCCCACGGUCACGGUUUGGCCUGAGGUUUCCGGCGUGUCACCCCGCCGGGCAGGCAGGGGACACCAGGACAUGCAGGAGGGUGAUUACCAUGCACCUUAUACCUCUGCUCUCAUUUGUUGUUCUCAAAUGCUAAAUGAACGUUUCUGUGCUGAAUCCUAUUAGAUAAAAAGGGGUUAAAACCCAGAUGCUGUAUAUUAAUUUGUAAUUAUGUAUAAAGUGAAGCAGUUUUAAACUGUAAAGAUUUUUUCAGUGUGUUUUCUGGAAUUUUGCCACAACGUACUGGCUUUGUAUUUUAUUUAUCUUCCUUUCUGGUUAGUAGCUUCCGACCCUUGUAAAGUCCCCCUCCACCCUUUCAAAAAAAAUAAUAAAUGUCCUUUAAGUCUCGAUGGUGACUGUGUUGUAUUCCU